CUUAAAUAACCAGGGCCGAGCCCAAUACAAUAAGGGAGUGAAACAAAAUUAAGCAAGCGAACAACUUUACAUUAAUUUAAAAAUCGAAACGUAUUUUUUGCGAACUUAAACUCCCAAGUGAAACGAAAGACACUUUCUAAAGACAAAAUGGCGGCCAUAAAAACAUGCAACAUGAUAAAAACAGUAAGCCCAAGCGCAUUGAAACGCGUUGUGUCAACAUCAGCAACAUCACGAAAUACCACAACGCCCUCGGCGUUUGUGCUUGAGCAAGAACGGACGGCAACUUGCCCGUUUAAAAACAUACUAAACACAAAACCAAUAAGGCGGAAUGAAUCUCAAACCUCGCGUGACAUACCAACCGCAUCUUCUGAACUGAAGAGCUUCGAAGAAAUUCCAGGACCCAAAGGUCUUCCGAUAGUGGGAACGUUAUUUGACUAUUUUAAGAAGGACGGUUUACGAUUUAACAAAAUGCACGAGGCAUACCAGAAGAGGGCAAUCGAACACGGUCCAAUUUACAAAGAAAAGAUUGCCACCAUCAGUACCGUGGUCGUCAGUGACCCCCGCGAGUACUCCAAGGUCAUAAGGUCAGAGGGCAGGUACCCGAUACGGCGUGAGAUGGAGCCCAUAGCUCACUACAGACGACAGAAAAAUCUCGACCUCGGACUCGUCAACGACAAAGGUGAGAACUGGUACAAGCUUCGAACGGUCACCGCACCAAAGAUGCUUAAAAUGAAGGAGGUGCUGGACUUCUGUGAACCGAUGAACGACGUUGGAAACGAUUUUGUCGCGCACCUGGCCGACAUGCGUCAAUCCAACGAUGAGGUGGUCGGCCUCGAGAAGGAACUCUUCAAAUGGUCUUUUGAAUCAAUCGGUACGUUCCUUUUCGAGGAGAGGAUCGGCUGCUUCUCCAAACCGACGCCGACCAAAGCGCAACAGUUCAUCGAUCAUUUACAGGAGUUUUUCAAGUACCUCCAGCCCCUCAUGUUCAACGUGCCAAUCUACAAACUCUACCCAACGAAACUGUGGAAGAAGUUUGAGUACCACUCGGACGCCGUCUUCCAACUGGGCCGGUAUUUCAUCAAUAAGAAAGUCGCGGAGUUAGAGAAGGCAGCGCAGCUCCCUUCGGCAUCUCAGGGCCCGGCAUCGGAACAGCGGGUCCCCUUCCUGACGUACAUGCUCUCACAGGAGUCGCUUACAACCGACGACGCCCUAUCAACCGCCGUUGACCUCCUUGUGGCCGCUACUGAAAAUACGGCCAACGCCAUGCUGUGGACCUUAUACUGCUUGGCUGAGAAUCCGGAGGCACAACAAAAGAUGUACGAAGAAACCAAGGCCGUUUUGGGUGAUAGCAAGGAAAUCAACGCCAAAAACAUCUCCAAACUGACAUAUGUGAAGGCAGUACUCAAGGAGGCCCUUCGCAAAUACCCUGUUUCUUGGGCCACCAGUAGAAUAACACAGGAGGACAUGGAGGUGUGCGGGCACCACAUUCCAGCCGGGACGCACAUACAGGCAAACUUAUACGGGAUGUUUCGCGACGAGAAGCUCUUUCACGACAACGACAGCUUCAAGCCGGAGCGGUGGCUGAAAGACAGCAAGAUGGACGCCACACUGAAGGGCCUUUCCAGCCUCGUUUGGGGUCACGGAGCACGCAUGUGCAUUGGACGACGAUUUGCCGAACAAGAAAUGCACAUCGCCCUUACAAAGAUUGUGCAAAACUUCAACUUGCAGUACGAACGUGAGCCCAUUCAUGCUACGCUAAACACCGUGAUGACCCCCGAUCGACCAUUGGUGAUCAAGUUCGAACCCCGGUCAUUAUAGCGACCACAGCCCAACCCCACAAAACCACAAUAAUUUAUUUAUUACUCGUUAAACCGUCAGCGCACACAGCCGACUUUGUUCCUAAGCGUGAUUGCGUUGUGUUUUUGUGUGUAUGUAAGAUGGAAUGAAUUUCAGCAUUUUUCAAACGGACAAAACGCACUAUGUAUGCAGUGUACGCGUUUUACCCACAAAAAAUCUACCGUUUUUCUGGGACACACUUUCUACUAAAAGGUGGGAGUGCCAAAACGGUUAUGUUGAGUUUCGAUAUUUGGCUCAAAUCGUAGACAUUUGUUGAACGUUUAUCAUAGUAUACAUGUAUAACAUGAUAAAAGGAAAGCAAUGAGAUUUAUCAAGUUCUCUUCCAAGUUUCUUGACUGAACGACUUGGUGUUUGAAGCAGUCAUUGUUUUCAUUCCUUUGGAGAUGUAACUGGCUAAGAUUUGUAUGUGUCCCUGGCAAAAAUAUUGCGAACGCUUCUGUAUGUACAUGUUGAGGUUUCCGUGUUGGUAUAGAAAAGAGCCUUCCUUAGCCCUUUGCAUGCUGGGACAUUUUUCGUCUGCUAAAAUGUCGUCUGCUGAAUUUCUACAAUUAGCAUUUCUUCGAUUUUUUUUCAAAAAAUACUAUCAGAAUAGCAAACAGUUUGGAUCCAGAUGAGACGCCACGUUCUGCGGCGUCUCAUCUGGAUC